AUGAGAAAAGCUCUCCCUCCGUCGGGGAACUUCUUCAUCUCGCCCUUCAGCGUCUGGAGCGCCCGUCUCGCCUACUUCGGCUCCCGCGGCAAGACGCAGGCGGAGCUGGAGCAGGUUCUGCGGCUCACCAACAGGGAGGACACGCUCGCCCUGUUCAGGGCCCUCGAACGGCGUUAUGGCUCCCAAGAAGCAAACCAGAACUACACCAUCAACUCGGCUAACAGGAUAUACAUCGACCAGUCCAUUCCCGUCCGAGAAUGCGUGGGAAAUGUCCUCGACGACCAAGUGAAGUUAAUAGACUUUAAGAAGCCCGACGCCGCCGCUGCUGACAUCAAUGCCUUCAUCAACGCCGAAACGCGAGGAAAAAUACCAAAGCUUAUAGAACCCUCCUCUCUUGAAAACGCUAAAAUGUUCUUAACUAACGCCGUCUACUUCAAAGGCUUUUGGAAAUACCCGUUCAAGCCUCAAAGGACCCACAAGGACAAGUUUUUCGUAACCCCGGAAGAGUCUGUCCAAGUGGAUAUGAUGUCGCAAACGAAAAGGUUCAAAUAUGGUGUCUCUCUUUAUGGCAACAUGUACAUAAUUUCAACACAGAACAAGUUACCUUACAAUGUAAGGAAAUCGUAA